ACAGUUUCAUUCAAAGAUGCUGCGCCUACUGAUCGUUUUGGGAUUUUAUAUCCUGGGCUGCCGAGCAGCCUGCAAUACCUGCAACGCUAAUGGCGUGUCCUGUAUAUCGGAAACGGAGUUUCAGUUCUGCUCCUCCGCCAGCGAACCCAUCGGAAACCUCUACACCUGCCCCACCGGUUACUACUGCACAGAGAGCACGCCCAUUUGCAGCUCCGUGGCAUCUUCGGCAGGUUGUACAGGAUGCAAUACGUGCAGUUCGGAUAAUCGUUUUGCUUGCACCGGUCGGAAUACCUUUGCGCUGUGCCUAGGUACUUCUACACCCAGUACAUCGAUUGGCGGAAGCUGUGGCACUAAUUAUGUAUGCAACGUGGGGAACGCCAAUAUCUGUGGCAGUCCUGCCACAUACGCAGUAUCCUGUUCCACAUCAAGUACGUCAGACUGCGAUACUACGGCCAUCAAAAAUGCCACCGAGUAUUGUCAAACCAUUCAAACAGCCGGAAAAUAUCCUUAUGGCGGAGAUACCUCAACCACCUGCAGGCAAUAUGUGAACUGUUACACCGCUGCUGGUAUUUUCUAUGGAAAUGUGUACACUUGUCCAGGACUCACCUACUUCGAUAGUACCUCCAAACUUUGCACCACCCAAACGCAGGCCAGAUGCUCGGAUACAGUGUCUUGUUUGACUCUCAAUAACCGAUUAUUGCCGUAGAGUUAAGAUUCUAAGGGCCUGAGGUAUCUUUAUUGUGGUAAUUAUCACAGGGCAAGGGUAUCUUAAUCAAAUAAAGGUAAUUCAUUAGAAAAGC